UAAUUGUUACCAAAAAAAUUACCAAAAAAGAGCUAGCUGUCUGAACAUACAUCAUUCUCAUUGCCUACUGUUUGUUUUUGUCACGUGUCAUGGCGGCUCUGUGCUCCACCUGGUGCUGCACUGAUGGUCACUGUGACCUCCUUUCUCCAUGGUUUCGUCUUGCUUGUUGCUUCUUGGUUAAAGUUCCUAGUUAAGUGUUACCAUUAGUGUCUUGCCUUAAUUCUUAUAUUAAAUUGUGCAGAAGAGGAAUUUUGUUUCAGCCAAAACAAGACCAGUUUUGUCCUCUGUUCUUGGUUACAUUUUCCUUUUUCAUUUGUUGCUGUAUAUUGAUAAUUCAAAAACAAUCAAUAUAAAACUGCAUUAAUGGUAAAUUGUUGGUAUUUAGAAAUGAAAGUAUAUUUUCAGAAAUGGACCAUUUGAACGGUUCUUUGAAUGGAUCCUGAGGAUUCGGUUACCUUCCCAUCACUGGACCAGGCAGUAGUUUAAGUUACCUUGUUUCAUGGAACUGAGCAGAUAUUAAACUUUUUAAUUUGAACCGAUUUCACAAGAGUGAUGGUAAGAAACCCUCCCCACCCCCCAAAAAACAAGCUGACUAAAGUCCUCAUGACAUCACUUGAAAACUCACAAUUCAUUGAAAUAGAACAGUGCAGGAAAGUCAUAUCAAGGCCAAUUUUGCAACGACAUUCAGUCUGAAUUUGAGGUUUAUGCAAAACGUAUGUUUAACUUUAAUAGACAAGCUGUUGCAAUACUAACGUAAUAAAACUGUCAUGCAAUUAACCUUUCUGUAACAAGAUCAUAAUUUUACUGAAACUACAUCUGCCCAUGUUACAAAUGUUGGAGGUCCAGAUAUCUGGUUUCUCCCAAACCAAAGUCCUGAAGCACAAGUCAUGACAUUAGACUGGUGCUGUGAUUUAAAGUUAGGUUAGGGAAUCCAAAAGGGUAUCCAAGCAUAGAGUUAUGUGAGCAUGAGUUUCCAUGUAAAAGCAUGCAUGUAUGCCAGCAAGCCCAACCAUGUCACUCAGAGCGCCAGCGCCACGCCACCUGCCAGUCCGACCUUCCAGGAAGAGGAACACUCAAUGCGUCAGAAAGAGACAUGCAUCUUAUGAUCUGCUCCAGAUGAAGCCAGCAUGUGCAUGUGAUUGAAUGCAUGGGUUGGUGUGGCAUGUGUUUAUGUAAGCAUCAAAGGAUGAAGGAAGGGACAUCUUGGUGGUGCAUUGGUAUGUUUUUUUGUUGUUGUUGUUUUUACAUAGGGCCAUGUAGGUUUGGGUGUUUUCUUUUUUCUUGUGAUGAAAACAAACACCUCCAUUUAAAAACUGCGUUUUGCGUUUACUAUUGUUGUCUUUGACAAAUAUUUCAGUUGGUUUGAUGUUCUGAAACACUGAAGUCUGAUAAACACGUAAGAAAAAAAUCAACAAUGGGAAAUCAGGAAGGACUCAAGCAAUUGUUUACACAACUGUACAUGGUGUAAAUUCACAACAAAUUAGCAAAAAAAUCCAAUGAAUUUCCAUUUAAUCACACAUUUAUUCCAAGCCUGGUUUUCAAACUAUACAGCAAGCAUAGUUUAUUAUUCAAAUUAGCUAAAAAAAAAAAAGUUUCUAUUUAAGGAAACCCAACAGAUUGGAUUGAGUCAUCGAUUUGCAACGUUCCCCCCUCUAGGCCAGCACAUAGUGACGAAGACAAUCUCUUGCAUUGAGAUUGUUGACUUUACAACAAUUUCUUAUGUCAAGAAUGCAAUGAAGGGGGAAAACUCCCAUUUAGCAGGAAGAAACAUUCAGCAGAACCAGAACCUGACUUAGAACCUGAGCUGCCAUCUGCCACGACCGACCGAGGGUUGAGAAGAGCAGAACGCCCAAGAAGAAACAGAAGAUCUGGUGAAGGAGUGUGUUCUAUGUUAAAGUAAAAAGUUAAUAGCAGGAAAGGGACAAGUUUAAUUGUUGGCAGCAGUAAUUCAGUUUUCAUUCACCCCAGUGACUGUCUGCUGAUUUGAACUGAUGACCUCUGGACAGGGGCGCCAGGGGAAAAGUUAGGAUAAUUUCAAGGCCCACUGACCAACAGCGGGAACCCCCACAAAAUAUAUAUAUUUUUGUUCAUAGAAAUAGAAAAGAAUUGUCAAUUACAAAAUUAAUCAUAUAGUGUUUUUUAAAAUUGCUUUUAGCAGUAAAAAUUAAAUGUUACUACUCCCAGACUCUGGAUACCUAAACUCAUCUACUUCCUGUAUCUCUGCUCUAUCUUUGGUUCAGCCUCCUGUCUCAAACUCUGCUCUGUCCCGUUACAGAGCAGGGUUUCAUUUCUCCACACUGUCUUCCAGUUCCUUUCUACUUUAGCUAAAAAUCACAUAUCCUGCUCAGACUGCACCCAGAGUUUAUCAGUUAGUCUGUUCACCACAACUGCGAACAAGAGAAGACUCAGAACUGACCCCUGACCUAUGAGCUACCACCGCUCUUCUUACUCCACGCUUUUCCAUUCUAUUUCCACACACUGCAGAUACCUCCCACAUCUAUGCUGACAGAUGCUGAUGUUCUCUCAGUUACAAUUACCCAACCUGUAAGACAAGGAGACCAGCCAAACACAGAUCAGUUACACUUUUCACCUCCAUCACAAAGACACAUUGUCUGGAAUGAUAGCUUGGAUCUGGACUGUUGAUCAUAAGUGAAGAAUGUUGAGUUUUAGAUUUAUGACUUCUAAGUUAGUUAGAAAAAAAAAGAAAAUAUUUUUCAUUUGUUCUAUUUUUUUUUCAAGGGCACAAGACAUUGUUGCCUCCCUUCUGUAGCUGUGCUCUAUUUUAAGGGUUUUGUGUCAGGCAAAUUUUACUUAGCAGUCACAGGCAGUAAGUGUAUCGAAAGGCAGCAAAAGGAAAGUCAGGAAAAGUCUAUGGAUGGACAAGCUGAGGUGACUGGUGCCAUGUUGGGAGAAAAAUGCUCCUACAAGUUAACAGUUGAUCUUUGUCUGACUGCGCCACCAGAAACCAGGUGGAUCACAUCCUCCAGCAGCAGCGGUGGACUCCAGUUUCCAGACUUCUCGGAAACAAUGUUUCUCUUUGUAGGAACUAAAGUCACAGAGAGAAAGGAGGAACGCAGUUCUAUUUACCAGAGGAUUCGGGACCAUGAGGUGCUGGACAGGAGGAAGACGGUGACGGCUCUGAGGGCGGGCGAGGACAGAGCCAUACUGCUGGGUCUCAGCAUGGUCUUCUUCUCUGUCAUGAUGUACUUCGUCCUGGGCAUCACCAUCCUGCGCUCUUACUCUGACAGUGUGUGGACAGAUGAGGACAGCUGCACCAUUGUGAACUCCACCAUAUUGUGGGAUGUAAACUGUUCAUACAGCUGUGGAGUGGAGUGCUGGAAGAGUUCCCGUUACCCCUGUCUCCACGUGUUUGUCAGCCUGAACUCAUCAGGACGGCUGGUCCGAUUGCUGCACAAUGAGGAGACACACGACAGCAAUCCUGAGUGUUUCUACAUUCCAAAGUGUCAUAGAGACUAUGCUGCCACACAUGCCAUGGUUCAGGACAUUUCUCAGAGACUCAGGACUCAGCUCACAGUUCAAUGUUAUGUCGACCCAACAGAGAAGACAGACAGCGCCAUCAUGACCCAGAUUUAUGGUCGAAUUGCCGUCUUCCACUCUUUAUUUUGGCCAACCUGCUCUUUGAUUGGAGGAACCGUCAUCAUUGCCAUGGUGAAGCUGACCCAGUAUCUCUCCAUCAUGUGCGAGAGACUCAGCCACAUCAAAAGGUGAAGGGAACCUAACAGAUGGAAGCUCAAAGACAAAUUGAGGUUUUUUUUGCCCCCAUAAUAAAAUAAGGGUAGAAGUAAAAGCUGACUGUGUUUCGUGAACUAAAGACAUUCAUUUUCUUACAACCUGCAUGCAACCUACAGAAGACGCAGACAUACUUUUGGAAUGAAGUCUAUCUCAAAUAUAGGUAUUUCUUAUAGACAAAGCUGCUUCCUUGUCGUAUAUAUUUGAUUUUCUAAGUUUUCUUUGAAAUUCUGUGGGUGCAGAUGGUGAGUGCAGCUCAUUAACUGUAGCUGAAUUUCAACAGAUCUUGUAAUGGCCUCUUUUGUAGACACAGCACUUGAAACAUUGUCCUUCUUUCCUGCUAUUUACAGACAUGCAUAUUAAAUGUUUUAGUUAACAUUAUUAAGAUGUCUUCCUUUGUCUUUAUGUAGCCCAGCAGAUUGUAUGGUCAAUACCAGUACUAUGUACAUGUGAAUGAAUUGUUUAGUAUUGGAAAUUGUGGGUGUAGUUAAAUAAAAUGAGUAUUUAAAUACA